UUCAGGAAGGAGGAAGUCAAACUCACACAGUCGCUGUUAGUGAGAGGAGAAAUGGCUGAGAAAGGAGUUCAGCUGGACCGAGAAAUAAUCUCUUGUUCCGUCUGUCUGGAUCUACUGACGGAUCCGGUGACUCUUUCCUGUGGACACAACUACUGCAUGAAGUGUAUUAAAGCCCACUGGGAUGGAGAGGAUGAGAAGAGAAUCUACAGCUGCCCUCAGUGUAGGCAGACCUUCACACCGAGGCCUGUCCUGAUGAAAAACACCAUGUUAGCAGAGUUAGUGGAGGAGCUGAAGAAGACUGGACUCCAAGCUGCUGCUGCUGAUCACUGCUAUGCUGGAGAUGAAGAUGUGUCCUGUGAUGUCUGCACUGGGAGGAAACUGAAAGCCUUCAAGUCCUGUUUAGUCUGUCUGGCCUCUUUCUGUGAGAAACACCUUCAGUUUCACUAUGAUUCACCUCCAUUCCAGAAACACAAGCUGGUGGAGCCCUCCAAGAACCUCCAGGAGAACAUCUGCUAUCUCCACGAUAAGGUGAAGAAGAUGUUCUGCCGCACUGAUCAGCAGUCUAUCUGCUAUCUCUGCUCUGUGGAUGAACAUAAAGGCCACGACACAGUCUCAGCUGCAGCAGAAAGGACGGAGAGGCAGAGAGAGCUGGAGGUGAGUCGACAAAACAUCCAGCAGAGAAUCCAGGACAGAGAGAAAGAUGUGAAGCUGCUCCAACAGCAGCUGGAGGCCAUCAAUGGCUCUGCUGAUAAAGCAGUGAAGGACAGUGAGGAGAUGUUCACCCACAUCAUCCAUCUGAUCCAGAAAACAAGCCGAGAUGUGGAGCAGCAGAUCAGAUCCCAGCAGGAGACUGAAGUGAGUGGAGUGGAAGAGCUGAAGGAGAAGCUGGAGCAGGAGAUCAGAGAUCUGAAGAGGAAAGACGCUGAGCUGAAGCAGCUCUCACACACAGAGGAUCACAACCAGUUUCUCCACAACUACCCCUCAGUGUCAGCACUCAGUGAGUCCACACACUCAUCCAGCAUCAACAUCUGUUCUCUGAGACACUUUGAGGAGGUGACAGCAGCUGUGUCAGAGCUCAGAGAUCAUCUACAGGACAUUGUGAGGGACACAUGGACAAAGAUCUCAGUGACAGGGACUCAACUGGAUGUUUCACUGUCAGAUUCACAAGCAGAGCCAAAGACCAGAGCUGGAUUCUUAAAAUAUUCACGUCAAAUCACUCUGGAUCCAAACACAGUGAACAAGUGGCUGAUAUUAUCUGAAGGGAAUAGGAAAGUAACAAAUAUGGCUAAACAACGGUCUUAUUCUGAUCAUCCAGACAGAUUCACUGGACGUUGUCAGGUCCUGAGUAGAGAGAGUCUGACUGGACGUUGUUACUGGGAGGUGGAGUGGAAAGGAGAUGGAGUUGAUGUAUCAGUCGCAUACAAGAAUAUCAGCAGAGCAGGAGGUGGAAAUGAAUGUAGAUUUGGAUGUAAUGACAAAUCUUGGGCAUUAGAUUGUUCCCCAAGUGGUUAUAAAUUUUGGUACAACAACAUCCAAACUCCCAUCUCAGGUCCUCAGUCCUCCAGAGUUGGAGUGUACCUGGAUCACAGUGCAGGUAUUCUGUCCUUCUACAGCGUCUCUGAAACCAUGACUCUCCUCCACAGAGUCCAGACCACAUUCACUCAGCAGAUACAUGCUGGACUCAGGAUUGGUUGCUUUAGAACAAGAGCUGAGUUGUGUGAAGUGAAGUAGACAGAGGUGACUGAAGGUGCAGUGAGUCUGAUUGUGUCUUUGACUCUUUCACUCAUUUAGUCUCCAUCAUUGUUGCUCACAGCUCAUUGUUGUUUUAUUUCUACACUGCACAGAGAUCAACUGUCAAUCAAACAGUGACUGUCAGCACUUGUUCAUCUUUUCAUUUCUUCUUCUGCUCAUCUUUGACUUUCUUCACUAAAAAUGACUUUCACUUUUCUUGAUGUUUCCAAUCCAGAUGUAGUUUGUGCUCUCAGUCAGUAAAGAGGAUUUAUUCCACAGAACCAACAAGUGGAAACUGUGAUUUGAUCCAGUUUGGGUGUGAAAAUGUAACAGUAAGUUACAUUUAAUGUUUUUCCUAAGUCUUGUUUUUGUUUUUCUUUCAUUUGAAUUCAUGUUUAUUCAAUCUCAUGUUAGUGAUGCAUUUAAUUAACCAGCUGAGGUGAUGGAAAACUCUGCUUUUUAUUCAAAUGUGUCUAAAUUUUCUUUGACAGAGAUACAUGUACAGAAUUUAUUGGUUUGGUGCUUCAUGGUUUAUUUUCGGGGGAAAUAUGAUUAUAUUUUAUUCCAAUCGAUCGUCAUUUUAUUCUACUGAUGUGGUAAUUUUUUUAUUUUGUUGGUUUGUUUUGUUUCUAGACUGUUGACAAAUUUGUGAUUCAGCUUCGUGUUAAUCUGCAAAUAAAUGACAAUA